AUGAGGAUGAGAGAGUUUCAGAGAGUGGAAGAAGAAGAGAGGUUGAAGGUGGUUGUGGCCAGGUUGAAGUUGACUGAGGAUGUGAAGUGGCUGCGGUUUGUUGAUGUAACAGGGCCAUUACUUUGCUAUGCACAUAUGCUGGGAAAUUGCUUUUGUAACAUGUUUAUGGAAAGCCAUCGAUUAAGUCAAGGAGAAACGAUGAAAAUGUCCUACGGAGCGAUGAAUCUGGUGAAUUCGGUUAACAAGCUUGUUAAGAACUCAAAAAACUGGUAUUUCUGUUAUGCACAAUUUCUUACUGAAUUUCUUAUCAUGAACAUGGCUGCAAACACUCAUGAACUGAUUCUGGAUCUGAUUUCACUUUCUUCUGGUGUUUCCCCUUGCAUGACUUGA